CUUAAUAUUAAAAGCAUUUUUAAAAAAAAGCUUAGGAGCACAAAUCUACAGCCAAUUAUCAAUGCAAGAAUGUCAAGCUUGCUCCACACAAGUUCCAUAAAUCCUCAUAUUCACAUUCCCCUCGUUAAAUUCAUUCAAAACAAACUCAAGAAAUUGAAAUGAUGUGAAAGAAAAGAGCUAAAAUCGAGUUAAUAAAUCAAAUUUUAUAGUUUUUAAUUAUUAUGUUGAGUGUCGUCUCAAGAAUUGGCACACGUAACUAUCUGAAAAGCUUUAAUAUAUACUUGCAUCACAACCAGAUAGCUAAAAAUUCAUUAAGACAUACAGCAGUACAAAAUUUUGAUAAAAAUAUUUCAAGAUUUCUGUCUUACACAAUGGCCCAUGCAUGUUCAGCCAGAGAAGAUCACCGCAAACAUAAAGGCGUGAACCGACUGAUUGAUGAAAAGUCACCAUAUCUAUUACAGCAUGCUCAUAAUCCAGUAAAUUGGUUCCCUUGGUGCGAUGAGGCAUUAGAGCUUGCAAAGAAAGAAAAUAAAUUAAUUUUUCUAUCAAUUGGAUAUUCUACAUGUCAUUGGUGUCAUGUUAUGGAGAAAGAAUCAUUUGAAGAUAUAGAAACGGCAAAAAUAAUGAAUGAAAAGUUUAUAAACAUAAAAGUUGAUCGAGAAGAAAGGCCAGAGAUUGAUAAGUUGUAUAUGACAUUCAUAUUGUUGAUUAAUGGAACUGGAGGUUGGCCUUUAUCAAUUUUCCUAACGCCUGAUCUAUCGCCAAUUACUGGCGGCACUUAUUUCCCAAAUACAGAUCGUUGGGGAAUGCCAGGCUUUAAGACAAUUCUUACAAAAGUAGCAAAUAAAUGGGAAACGUCACGUGAAGAUUUAACUGAAACAGGCUUAUCAGUCAUUGAAGCAAUUAGGAAAAGUACAAUGCAAAAACGAGCAGAUGGUGAUCAUGAUGAUCACACAAUGUCAGUCGAAGAUAAAUUCUAUCAAGCAAUAAAAAUUUACAAGAAAGCAUUCGAUCAUGAGUAUGGAGGAACGAGUGGAUCUCCAAAGUUUCCAGAAGUAUCGAAAAUAAACUUCCUAUUCCAUGCAUUUGUGCAAACAAAAGACAAUGAGUUGCUUGAACUUGCAUUAAAUACUCUCGAUAAGAUCGCUAAUGGUGGAAUUCAUGAUCAUGUAUUUGGUGGAUUUUCAAGGUAUAGCGUCGAUGUGAAAUGGCAUGUUCCACAUUUCGAAAAAAUGCUCUAUGAUCAAGCUCAGCUGUUGAUGGCAUAUUCUAAUGCAUAUAAAAUUACAAAGAAACAGAAAUACUUGGAUAUUAUACAUAAGACUUUUAGGUAUCUGCUCAAAGACUUAUCUCACUCGUCUGGUGGAUUUUUCUCGGGCGAAGACGCUGACUCAUAUCCAACGAGCGACUCAAAAGAAAAACUUGAAGGUGCUUUUUAUGUCUGGUCAUACGACGAGAUUGAAAAUCUAUUCAAAGAGAAUCAUGACAAAUUUAAAGAGUUUGAAAGUCUCAAGCCAUUCGAUAUUUAUUGUUAUCAUUAUGACAUUAAAGAGCAUGGAAACGUUGAGCCUGUAUCUGAUCCACACGGCAAUUUAAUAGACAAAAAUGUGCUGUUUGUGAAUGGCUCGCUACGUGACACUGCAGAAAAGUUUGGAACAAAUCCCGAUACAAUCGCUGCUUUAUUAGAGGCAGGAAAUGAUAUAUUGCAUGCUGAGCGCAACAAACGUCCACGACCUCAUCUUGAUCGUAAAAUAUUAACAUCAUGGAAUGGAUUAUUGUUGAUUGGUCUAAGUAAAAUUGCAUGUAUUAGCGAGAAUACCAGACGAGAUGAAUAUUUAGAAGUAGGAAAGAAAUUGAUUAAUUUUAUCAAGACAUACUUAUACGAUAAUGAUAAGAAGAAGUUACUUCGAGUGUGCUAUGGCGAGAAUGGUGAAACUGAACCAACGAUAGGAUCAAAACCAAUUUAUGGAUAUCUUGAUGAUUAUGCGUUCCUUAUAAAAGGCUUAAUCUACUUUUAUGUUGCAACUUUGGAUGUCUCUUACUUAAGAUGGGCUAAAGAAUUGCAGGAUUUACAAGAUGAAUACUUUUGGGAUAGUCAAAAUGGUGGAUACUUUUAUUCGGAAGCAUCACAAUCGGACGUGGUCGUGAGAAUGAAGGAAGAUCAUGACGGAGCAGAGCCAGCAGGCAACAGUGUCAGCAUUAGCAACUUAGUCUUACUAGGUGCUUAUUUUGAGGAUCAAAAUUUGAAAGAAAGGACAACAGCAAUUUGUAAUUAUUUCUCAAAUGUCUCAAAUAUGGGAUAUUCAUUGCCAGAAAUGUUAAGUUCAUUGCUAUUGAUUGAAAUUGGGCUACACAUGCUUGUUGUUGUUGGUCCAGAUGGUGAAAAAACUCGUGAACUAGUCGAUGUAGCAAGCGAUUAUUAUGUUCCUGGGCUCCUCUGCAUCUUGCUUCCAAUCGAUCGUCCACAUGACGUAACAAGAAAGUCAGCUGCUUCAUUCAAAAUGAUAAGGAAUCUUCCAACAGCUUAUUGCUGUCAUAAUAAAAGGUGCACGCUUCCAAUGACUGAUGCUAAAUUAAUUCACGAAGAAUUUGCGUCAAAAUAUUUGUACAUAGAUGAAUCUAACGUUGAUAAGAAAGAUUAAUGCUCUAAUUUUUUUGUUUACUUCCUCUUAUUAAGUCUAAUAUGUGAUACGUUACGAAAAAUGAAGAAAAUUAGUGACUUGUAGAAAAUACUGGGGGUCCUCGAUUUGAGU